AUGAUGCAACUGAUGCAGUUUGCAGAGUGGCUGCGCGAGCCCCGCCACGCCGCGGCUCUGGGCGCGGGGCUCUCGGCGGCCAUGGUGCUGAGGUGGUGUCUGCAACCGAAGAUCGACAGAUUUCGGGUCGUACCCGGCGUCUGGCUGCUGGGUGUUCUGCCGCAGCUGGGCCCAGGUGGCAAGGACACCGCCAAGAAGCUCGACGAGUUUUCUGAAAUCCACGGGGACGAGGGCGUCUUCGAGAUGAACUUAGCGGGAAGCCGGCUCGUCGUCUGCUGUUCCUGGGAGGCAAUCAGCUCUGUCUUGGCGCUGCGACCUUUCAAGGUGACGAAGCCCGGCAGCUUGGCGAGUGCUGCGCAUGGGGUCGUCGAAGGCGUUUUCUUCUCUGAGGGGGACCGCUGGAAGCGCGAGCGACGCAUCAUGGCCCCCGCCUUCAAUGCCAAGAACGUGGGCAGCUACGCGCCGGCGAUCUCUGAAAUCACGGAGAAGUUCCUGGCUGCCCUGGAUGCCGACUGCAAAAGCAAGGGCGAGACCAACUUCUCCGAGCUCCUGCCUAUGUACACUGCCGAUGUCCUUUGCAAGACUGCUUUUGGGCAGGAAUUGCGCAUGCUGGAGACGAGAGACAGCUCACUGGUGAAGGAUUCCGUACUGGAAGAUUCCCUUCCUGGGAAGGUACCUGGAUGGAGGGGAGCGAGCAGCCAAAGAUGUGGGGAAGAGCAUGGUCGGUCUCAUGGAGAAGCAGGCAGGGCAGGUCGAGACGCUGGUGGAGAAGCUACGAAAAAUGGACGACAAGUUUAG